GUUCUAUUACAUAUUCUGAACUUCUGAUAACGACACCCCACGGCUGGUUGGGAUGGACUCCAUCAGCGAUCAUGUCCCACCAAACUCACCAACUAGAUGAAGAGACACCUCUAUUGCAGCCUGAGGAGCAGCAUAAAAUCAAAACUCCCUUACCCUGGCGCCAAUUCUCCAUUAUACUGUUCUUGCAGCUCACUGAACCUGUUACUGCCCAGGCGAUUGCUCCGUUUGCGCCUCAGCUGAUCAGAGAUAUUGGAGUGACACAUGGCGAUGAAUCAAGAGUAGGAUAUUUCGUCGGUAUCAUGUAUUCCGUGUUCUACGUAGCGCAAGCCCUUACUACCCUUCAAUGGAACCGCCUCUCUGAUCAUGUUGGCCGAAAGCCAGUCAUUUUGACUGGUUUAUUUGGUAUAUCAGUUUCCAUGUUCCUAUUUGGAUUUUCGACGACCUUCGGAGGCUUGAUACUGAGCCGUGUACUGUGCGGCGCGCUGAACGGCAACGGUGGUGUUAUCAGGAGUAUGAUGAUAGAUAUCACAGAUUCAACCAACAUGGCUCAGGCAUUCGGUUUUCUCCCUCUUCCAUGGAUGACUGGCAAUACACUCGGACCUCUCAUUGGCGGGUCUUUGACCCAUCCGGCGGAUCGUUUUCCCAGACUGUUUGGGCAAUCGACAUUUCUGAAGACACAUCCUUAUUUCUUGGCUUGCGCUUGUCCAGGAUUGUUUGCUGCAUUAUCAUGGCUGGUUACGUACAUGCUUUUACAAGAGACUGUGCCGACGACGACAUCCUUGUGGAGUCUGAUUCGGAACAGAUGUCGGACCAUUCUUACGUUCGUUCAUACCAAGCCACCCCAGGUGGAUAGAACAAAUUUCAACAAUGCUGUUCAAGAUUCCCCCGACGAUUCCAAACCCCUGCCUCUAAGCGCAUUAAUGACCCCGCAUGUUCUUAUUGCGAUAUUGAAUUAUGCGACACUGGCUCUCUUUGACAUCGCUCUGCGCUCCCUAAUACCCGUGUUUUAUGCUACGCCAUUGAGCAUGGGUGGACUUGGCCUCGAUCCCCCGCAGAUUGGCAGUAUUCUUGCAAUGUUCGGUAUUGCCAAUGGUUUAUUCCAGGUGUUUUUCUUUGCUCGGCUGCAUGACCGGUUUGGCACGAAAGCGGUAUUUACCUGCGGGGUCGUGUCUGGCGUACCAACCGUCAUCGCAUUCCCGAUAAUCAAUAUGUUGAGUCGGGCAUAUGGAAUUGGUACUGCGGUCUGGCUUGUUGUCGGCCUUCAGCUCGCAAUGUCUAUCCUUCUCAAUAUGUGUUACUCUUGCGGGGCGAUGUAUCUAGCAGCUGCAUCUCCCAAUCGUGCAUCAUUAGGUGCCACCAAUGGCCUUGCGCAUACGGUCGCUGCGUGUGUACGCAUCAUUGGACCUGCGUCUUCGAUGUCGAUGUUUUCAUUUUCCUUGAGGCAUCACUAUUAUGCGUGGGCGGUGUACUAUUUUAUGAUGGCGCUGGCAUUCCUCGCGAUUGGUGCUUCUUUCUUACUACCUCGUCAAAUGUGGAAACGCGGUGAUUAGCUUUUGUCACAGUUGUUAGCAGCGGUAUAUGGUGCUUGUAUCCUUGCGAGCAAUGAUACAUAAAUUUUGGUUGAUGGUGACUUGCAAUGGCUGGCGUUCAUCCUGCUUGUUUUGAUCUAAAUCCCCUCGUUUGAAUGUUUUGGAAAGUAACGCCCGUCGUCAAGGCUUGCCUU